AAGCAUUUAUAUCACAACUGCAAUUCCCAACCCUCCUCAUAUACAGUUCCUCAUAUACAGUACACAGUCACGGAUUCUCUUAUGACACGAGGAUAUUAACUGAUCACAUUCAGUUGCAUUAGAGACAUUGAAAAUAAUUUGUAAUUAUGAAAUAAUGAUGAUCAAACAUAUUAUGACAUGAUCAUACAUCUUGACACGUCGAUUAUGCUUAUUGCGCAUGUCUAACAACAACAACACAAUUUAAACAUGGCGACUUCUGUGAAUGAUUUAAACCAAUUAAAGGACCAGAUAAACAAAGCACUCGGAGAUGCUUCUAUAGUAGUAAAAAUAUCUUGUGGACUAGUGUCAUUAUUUUACGUUCUUGGCUAUAUACCCCAUGUUUACGAUGCUUUAGCUGUCACCCCUGGAUCUCUGAUCCCCCCACAUUUUAAAAUUUGGACUCUUGUAACUGGUGGAUUCAUUGAAUACAGAGUGUGGAAUGUUGUUGCAGAUAUUAUAGUUCUUGUUAUGUGUGGAAGGAUUCUUGAACCACUAUGGGGAGCCCUUGAGUUUUUGAAAUAUAUAACGAUACUGAAUGUUGGUACAUCUCUGAUUGCAUCAGGGUUAUGUUUACUUUACUAUCUUGUAACUGAUAAUGUUUUUGUGUGGUUUUUAACAUUCAGUGGUAUGAAUGGUAUACUGGCUGGUGUUACAGUUGCAUUAAAACAAUCUGUCCCUGAAACAGAGUUGAAACUUUUGAUGUUAAGUGUCAAAGUGAAGUACCUACCAUCACUCAUGGUGCUAUGCAGCAUUCCAUUGUGUUUUGUUCAGCUUCUACCUCUGAUCAAUGUUAUUCUAACCAUCACUGGUGUCAUAAUUGGCUGGGUCUAUCUGCGUUUCUAUCAACAAAAAGGAAAAGGAGCUAAGGGUGACUUGAGAGAUGGUUUUGCAUUUGCAACGUUUUUCCCAGAUCCAUUACAGGCACCAGUAUCAACAGUCUCAAAUACGAUCUUCAACUGGUUAAUCAAGUUUAAUAUCUGCUCAAAACCAAUCAGAACUUACGAUGUUGGUGCACCAUCGGCGAUAACCAUCAGUUUACCAGGAAUGGACCCUGCUGACGCUGAAAGAAGAAGGCAGAAAGCUUUGAAAGCGUUGAAUGAACGAAUGAGCAAGUUAGAGCAGCCUGCAAGUUGGCCCAACUUGGAUGAACCGACAUCACCUAGUGCGGAUAUUUCUGUGGAUAUCGAGGUGACUGAGGAACCGGACAUGGUAGUUGUGGAUCAUAAGGAUCAGAAAGUUGACAAAGAUCAUACAACUUCAGUUGAAGUUACAUAAAUUAUGUAUGAUUAAUUGACACGCUUUUGUGAAUAUGAAUUGCAGUGAAGACAAGAUGCUCUUAUGUUCCUGAUCGAUAUUGAAAGAACUAAAUUUAAAGUCUUUAACAUAAGCUGAAUUCAGUAUAACUAUGCUAGCAGGUUUCAACCGCUCUAAAUAUACAUUUAGUGAAGAACAAGGAUGAGACAAAUGUAGGUUGAUCUAAAUCGGUAACUAAAUCCAACUUCGUACGAAUGUAAUUUGACUUAAAAGCAACCUAACGUUAAACGGAGGUUAGCAUGCACGCAACAAGUGUGUAAACAUCUUGCAUACUUUGAGAAAUACCAUAAUGGUUUGGUUUGCGCGUUUUAGGCCAGACCUUAGAACAAGAAAAUAAAAUAUUUGAAACGUGCUCUGUAUUUUUCUGCGUUUGAAUUUUGUGAAGUCAUGCCGCACGGCGCA